AGCAUCGAGAUCACAGGCGACUUAAUAGAAUAAGCCAUCAGGGUUUUAGUUGUCAUUAAAGAUGGUUGACAAAUUCUCGAAUAUCUUCUUUGCAUAUUCCCCUUCAGAUUUUCAAAACCUCAUCCUAUAAAUACUGUGGGAGGGGAGAUUUCUAGUUUGGUGUAGGUUAAGCCUCUGAAAGAGGCAGUGAGGUGCGUAGGAUAAGAUGGGUGUCUUCUGCUACACUGUUCUUGCUUCUCUUCUUGCGGUUUUGGUGUUGAAAUCAGCUCUGAUUGUUGAUGGAGGCUUAACCAGCAGCUUUGUGAGAAAAGUUGAGAAAACCAUUGAUAUGCCUCUGGAUAGUGAUGUCUUCAGUACGCCUCCAGGCUAUAAUGCGCCUCAACAGGUUCAUAUAACACAAGGGGAUCAUGUGGGAAAGGCAAUGAUUGUGUCAUGGGUGACCAUGGAUGAACCUGGUUCAAAUACAGUUUUUUAUUGGACUUCAGACACCAAAACAGCAAAGAGGAAGGCUCAAGGCUUUCUAACCACUUACAGAUUCUAUAAUUAUUCCUCUGGCUUCAUCCAUCAUUGCAAUAUUUCUCAUUUGCAGUAUGAUACAAAGUACUACUAUGAGGUCGGGAUUGGACACACAACACGAACUUUCUGGUUCACGACUCCUCCUGCAGUUGGACCCGAUGUUCCUUACACUUUUGGCCUCAUCGGCGAUUUGGGCCAGAGCUACGAUUCAAACAUCACGCUUACGCAUUAUGAAAUGAAUCCCACGAAAGGGCAAACGGUGUUGUUUGUUGGAGACAUUUCUUAUGCGGAUCAGUAUCCGAAUCAUGAUAACCGGAGAUGGGAUACGUGGGGAAGGUUUGCGGAACGAAGUACGGCUUAUCAACCGUGGAUAUGGACCGCAGGAAAUCAUGAAAUUGAUUUUGCACCCGAAAUAGGAGAAGAUGAACCUUUCAAGCCUUAUAACCACAGGUAUCAUGUCCCAUAUAAGUCAUCACAGAGCACUGCUCCCUUUUGGUACUCCAUCAAAAGAGCUUCAGCUCAUAUCAUAGUUUUGGCUUCGUAUUCCGCUUACGGUAAAUACACUCCUCAAUACAAAUGGCUCGAGCAGGAACUACCGAAAGUCAACCGAACCGAAACACCAUGGUUGAUCGUGGUUAUGCACUCCCCGUGGUAUAACAGUUAUAACUAUCAUUAUAUGGAAGGCGAAACCAUGAGAGUGAUGUACGAACCGUGGUUUGUGAAGUACAAAGUUGAUGUCGUGUUUGCUGGUCAUGUCCAUGCCUAUGAACGCUCGGAACGGGUAUCGAACAUUGCUUACAAUAUUGUUAACGGGAUUUGCAAACCGGUGAAGGAUCAAUCGGCACCGGUGUACAUAACCAUUGGAGAUGGAGGAAACCUUGAGGGCUUAGCAACCAACAUGACGGAGCCUCAACCAGAGUACUCGGCAUUCAGAGAAGCCAGUUUUGGUCAUGCCACUUUCGACAUCAAGAACCGAACCCAUGCUUACUACGCGUGGCACCGGAACCAAGACGGGUAUGCGGUGACGGCCGACACAAUGUGGUUUUACAACCGAUAUUGGAAACUUGAAGAUGAAUCUACAAGUACAUAAAACACCAUAUACAGAUACCACUUCACCCUUAGGAAACAGCACUAUCUAGGGAAUCUUUUACCAAUUUACAUGGUGUUCUACCUUUGCAAGUGUGUAAUAAAUUGAGGAAACAUGGUUUGGUUUCAAAUUUGAUAAUACAUCAUUUUUAGUUUCAAAGUUGGUACGAGGUUUAAGAA